AUGUCCACAGUCUCGGACUGCUUCACCAUCGGCAGCAUCGUCGCCACGAGGACCUGUUACAACGAGGACAUCGAGGGCGAAGUCCUAGCUUUCGAUCCACAGACCAAGAUGUUGAUACUGAAAUGCCCAUCAUCAAGCGGCAAUCCCAAACGCCACGAUGUACACAUCGUGAACCUGUCCCUCGUAAGCGAUGUUCAGAUUAAGAAAGAGGUUACAACUGUCCCGGAGCCGCCUCAGUCCCUGAAUCUUCACAGGCUAAACACGAGAGUUAGAAAUUCAAUUGAAAACAAAAAACGACUAGUAUCAGCAUUAUCAGCGUGUCUUGACCCCGAGGGCCAGCGACUGUUCCUAGCCAUCGCGAGGGUCAUCGAUGAUGUGUCGUGGUCGGGGCAGAGCAUCCGAGUAUACAAUGAAGUCACAAUCACACCACCAUAUAAGGUGGAAAACGUUUUGGGUGAGCAGGACUCCAAGCCAUACAACUACAUCAGAAAGUUUGUGGAGCGUCACUGGCGGGACCAUCGCGACCACACCGCCGCUAACUGUUCACGACACCAAUAA